UGAAGUUUAGAAGAAUGACGACGAUGUCUAUGUGUAAUCUUCCAGAGGACUUGAAAGAGGAGAUCAUCUCUAGGAUUCCGAUAACAUCAUUGAGAGCAGUGCGAUCUACUUGCAAAAGAUGGAACGAUUUCUCAAAACGCCAUAUUAUUGGCAACGCUGCAGCAGCAGGGAAGCAGUUCUUAGGUUUAAUGUUGAUCAAUGAAAAAGUAUGUUCCUUGAGUUUCAAUCUCCAAAUCCAUAAUGAUGGAUCUGUUGUUUCAGAGAUAAAGCAGGUACAUAUUCCUGACCAUGUACGGAUAGAGAACAUCUUUCACUGUGACGGCUUGUUUUUAUGCGUUAUCGAAGAAAACUCUAGUCUUAUGGUAUGGAACCCCUAUUUGGGACAAACGAUGCGGAUCGAAGUCCCUAACAAUUCCAAAAGGUUUUAUUCUUAUAGCAAAGCCCGAAGGUUUAGGUUUUAUUAUGACGACAGGGAAUACGACAUGUAUGCUCUCGGUUACGACAACAACCGUAACCACAAAAUCUUGAGGAUUUUGAGAGAUUAUAACUACAAGGGCGGUUUACGAUACGAAAUCUACCGGUUCAACUCAAAUUUAUGGAGUUCUCUUGAUGUGGAACCCAACUGGACUGUACGGUCUAAUAAACGUCACUCCGUGUCUUUGAAGGGAAAUACUUAUUUUCUUAUUCAAGGGUAUGUAUACAGAGAUACCGAAGAGGCGAAUCAUAUUUUUUUGAUCUGUUUUGAUUUUGCAAAAGAGAGCUUUGGUCCGCGUCUACUUCUACCAUCUAACCCUUAUGUUGACGAGAAUAUUAUUUUAUCCUGUGUUGGAGAAGAAAAGCUCGCUUUGCUACAUCGUAGCUUCAAGUGGUAUCGUGGAGCAAUAGAGAUUUGGGUUACCAAUAAUAUUGAUCCAAAUGCGGUGUCGUGGAGCAAGUUUAUGAAAAUGGAUAUCAAUCCACGCACUCGUCCUGAGGACAUUAGGCCUCUGUGUUUCUUCAUUGAGGAGGAGAAGAAAGUUGCUGUGCUUUUCGAUCUACUGUUCAGUGAAGACCAAAAAGCUCACAUCAUUGGAGAUGGAGAUGAUACUUACCUAAAAUAUGUUAACAUCAGAAGAGCUUCAGAUAUUGGAGAUUCUCACCCACUUACGAUCUCAUUUUAUGUUCCAAGUUUGGUGCAACUACAAAUCAACCACCCAACCAGGCAACAGGAAAAGUAAAGAAAAAAAAACAGAAGAAGAAGAUAUUAUUGGUUAGUUCCAUUUGCAAUGCUUUAUUUGUUUAAAAGCAUUAUCUAUGUUUUAGCUCAUUUUAUAUCAUGUUCUUUGGAACAAGACUAUCUUCAUUCAGUUAUUAUAUAUUUUGUUUUCUUUGGCUAAUUUAGUACUGUGUAAUAAUCUAUGGUCGUUAUCUAUGUUUUAACUCAA